GCGUUCCGGACACUGCAGGGCCGCCUUUUUGCCUCUGGGUGGCUCCUCGUGUCCACACUAGCCGUGGCACGGGCAUUCCUCUACUUGGCGGAGAUGAGGAUCGACAAGAGGCACCGUGCCAUGGCCAACUGGGUGCUGUCCAGAGACAUGACCGUGUCAGAGUUUCUCGCUGCAGAUAUCGACAACAAUGGCUAUGUCACGAAAUCGGAAUUUGUGAUUUACAAGCUGAAAGAGAUGGGGAAGAUUUCGGAUAAGGACAUCAAGAUGAUCGUGGAGCAGUUCCAGAGGCUGGACUCUGGAAACUGUGGAAAGAUCACGCUCUCGGAUCUCCUGCAGAGUCACCACCUGGGCCAUGAACCGAGGGACAUGAAAAGGGGGAAGAAUUCGUGACGGAUGGCGCCGAGCCGAAAAAACCCGUAGGACAGCAAGAAUUUUGGGACUGUAAAAUGCAUGAAAGGAAGGUUAGAGCUAGGAUGCCUGCGCCGGAUGGGAUCAUUUGAAGGUAGAAUAGCUCCAGAUAAGUUACCAGCAUGGGUGGAAUGAUCCUACUGCCCUAGAAGCGGUGAGAAGAUCAUUUCUUCAUGCCUGUAGGAAGGAGGCUGUAAAUACAAGCAAAGCGGUUAUCGAGAUUCUUUUCUUUGGAAAUAUAUGUGGCGGGUGAGGUGAUCUGUUUUGACCUCUCACUCGUAAUGUUUCUUUUC